AGUCAAACGUCUUUGAAAAAAAGUCAAACUUUGAUAUCCAUAUUCAUUGUUAGAUUUCUUCAGUUAGGGAAACCUUAUAAAGUUUUUUAGAAAAUGAAAAAGAGAAACGGGUUUGAUCUUGGUUCAACGUUUUGGUUUGUGGAAGCUAACAAGAUUGGGUUAAUCUGUUGAUAAUGAAACUUAUUGUGCGAGUGAUUGAAGCUCGAAAUAUACCUGCAAUGGAUCCAAACGGGUUCAGCGAUCCCUAUGUGAAGUUGCAGGUUGGAAAGCAGAGGUACAAGACUAAAGUGGUGAAGAAAUGUUUGAAUCCCUCUUGGUGUGAGGAGUUCAUCUUUCGGGUUGAUGAUUUCGGGGAUGAACUUGUUAUCUCUGUACUGGAUGAAGACAAGUACUUCAAUGAUGAUUUUGUUGGUCAACUCAAAGUCCCUGUUUCUAGUAUUUUUGAAGCCCCGCGCAAGUCACUUGGCACUUCUUGGUACGAGUUAAGGCCAAAGGCUAAAAAGGCUAAGAAUAUGGAUUGUGGUCAAAUUCUUCUCACUCUAUGUUUCUCGCCAAACAACUUGCCGACAGACUUGCUAUCUAGUCGCAAUCCUGCUCCAUUACCAAAAGGGCUUGAUGAUGUGCAAAGUAGGUCUCCAUCGAGGUCCUCCAAUGCCAAUACGAUAUCGCCUUCACCAAUAAAGUCAGAGGAGGCUGUCUCUUCAAAGGAAGAAAAGUCACAUACACAAACCCUUGCUGGUCGGUUUUAUCAGAUUUUUAACAAGAAUACUGAUGGCCCAACCACAUCCUAUGCAAAAUUUACAGAUACAACUGAAUUGUCUGACAGCGUUAGUACAGAAGAUAAUGAUGAUGCACAAGAGGAGCAGUCUUCAUCCAUCAGUUUUGAAGAAAUGAUGAGGAACAUGGAGAUGAAACAAGAAGGCAGUGAAGUUCCUCGGAAUUUACCAGGAGUAGUCCUGGAUCAGUUGUAUGCCAUUGCCCCCCCUGAACUGAAUUCAUUGCUCUUUGCACCUGACUUGAACUUUCUUAAAUCUCUCACCGAUUCUCAAGGAUCCACUGAAUUGAAAGCAGGACCAUGGAAGUUUGAAGGUGACGAUUCAAAUUUAAAAAGAGUAGUCAGUAUGACAAAGGCUGCAAGUAGAUUGGUCAAGGCUUUGAAAGCAACAGAGGAACAAACUUAUCUGAAGGCCGAUGGGAAGACAUAUGCAGUAUCUGUCACUGUAAGCACUCCAGAUGCUCCAUAUGGUAACACAUUUAAAAUUGAAACACUUUACUGCAUCACUGCCGGCCCAGAUCUGGCUUCAGGAGAAAAGACAUCAAGACUUGUAGUAUCGUGGCAGAUAAACUUUUUGCAGAGCACUAUGAUGAAAUCUAUGAUAGAAAAUGGAGCAAGGCAAGGUAUAAAAGACAGCUUUGAGCAAUAUGCAAGUUUAUUAUCUCAAAAUGUAAAGCCAGUAGAUGAAAAAGAGUUUUCUUCCGAGAAAGACCAGGUUUUGGCAACCCUUCAAGUGGAGCCACAGUCAGAUUGGAGACUUGUUGUUAAGUACUUUGCUAAUUUUACUGUAAUAUCAACAUUUAUCAUAGGGUUGUAUGUGGCUUUGCACAUCUUCCUCGCGAUGCCUAGCACUAUUCAAGGGCUUGAGUUUGUUGGGCUUGACUUGCCUGAUUCUAUUGGUGAAUUGAUUGUGUGUGGAGUAUUAGUACUGCAAGGCAAAAGGGUCCUAGAGUUAAUGUCGCGCUUUAUGCAGGCAAGAGGACAGAACGCCAAAGGUGGUGACCAUGGAAUUAAAGCACAUGGAGAUGGCUGGUUGCUAACCGUUGUGUUGCUUGAAGGGCACAGUUUUGCAGCUGUUGACUCAAGCGGGUUCUCUGAUCCAUAUGUGGUUUUCAGUUGCAAUGGAAAAACAAAAACCAGCUCGAUUAAGUUCCAAAAUUUAGAUCCCAAGUGGAAUGAAAUUUUUGAGUUUGAUGCAAUGGAUGAGCCGCCAUCUCUACUGGUUGUGGAAGUUUUUGAUUUUGAUGGUCCUUUUGAUGAAGCUACCACUCUUGGACAUGCUGAAAUUAAUUUUUUAAAAACUAAAAUAUCUGAUUUAUCUGAUAUCUUAGUGCCUCUUCAAGGGAAGUUCGCUCAAGCUUGUCAAUCUAAGUUGCAUUUAAGAAUUUUCUUGAAUAAUACAAAAGGUAACAACCUUGCGGUAGAUUAUUUGUCUAAAAUGGAGAAAGAAGUUGGGAAAAAGAUCAGAUUAAGGUCCCCUCAAACAAAUUCAGCUUUCCAAAAGCACUUUGGACUUCCACCUGAAGAGUUUCUGAUUAACGAUUUCACUUGUCACUUAAAACGAAGAAUGCCCCUUCAGGGCCGUCUAUUUUUGUCACCAAGGAUAGUUGGAUUUCAUGCUGAUCUCUUUGGACACAAGACAAAAUUUUUCUAUCUUUGGGAAGACAUAGAAGACAUUCAAGUCACCCCCCCAACGUUGUCAUCAAUGGGCAGCCCUAUUGUUAUCAUGACACUAAAGCCUCACAAAGGAUUUGAUGCAAGACAUGGUGCUAAAACUCAGGAUGAAGAUGGCAGGCUAAAAUUCUAUUAUCAAUCGUUUGUGUCUUUCAAUGUGGCACAUAGGACAAUUAAGGCAUUGUGGAAAGCAAGAGCAUUGAGCCCUGAGCAGAAAGUACAAAUAGUUGAAGAAUCAGAGGCAGAGACACUAGAAAUGACCGAAGAGGAGUCUAUAGCAAAAAACAUACAAGUUGUAAAUGAAGAAAAUGAAGGAAAAAACCUACAAAGUGAAGAUAGUAGAUCAUUCUUGUGGGAUGAGGAUUUGAGCAUGUCGACUUUUUAUUCUUCUUCACUAUCAGUUCCUACUGAGUUUUUCAUGGAAUUAUUCAGUGGGAAUGAGCUUGACCACAGGAUAAUGGAGAGAAUUGGAUGUCUUAAUUAUUCUCCUGGCAGUUGGGAAUCUGAAAAGCCUGAUGUUUAUCAAAGGCACCUAUAUUACAAAUUUGAUAAAUGCAUAUCACAUUAUGGAGGUGAGGUCACUAGCACGCAGCAGAAACUUUACCUUCCUGAGAGAAAUGGGUGGAUUGUAGAAGAGGUGAUGACACUUCAUGGGGUUCCUCUUGGAGACUUUUUUACACUUCAUCUGAAAUAUCUAGUCGAGGCUGCACCCCCAAGAUCAGUAGGAUGCAGUGUUACCAUUCAGUUUGGAAUGAUGUGGUUGAAAUAUGCUAAGCAUCAGAAGAGGAUCCGAAAAAACAUUGAAUCCAAUCUGAAAAAGCGUGUGCUGAUCAUGUUUAGUUCACUUGAGAAGGAAUUUCAUAAUUUGGGAUAGCAGACAUUGCAUACACAAUGACUGUACAAUUUGUGAAUUAAGUUAUAUACCAAACUGCCGGUGCAGAAAAUAACUAAGAUCCAACAACAAGUGAUCGUGUACACUAUGCCAUAACAUUUUGCUGAUGCUGUGAUGAUAUCGCAUCAUAUAUAUACUUGCUGAACAGAAAGAUGUGACAGGAAACAGUGUAUUGAUUGACAGUACUAACUGGUCUGCAGCUGCAAUGCUAGAGAGCUGCUUAACAGGAUCAUGUAUAUAACUAAGCCGAACAUGCUUUGGUCAAGUGGUUAUAAUCCUUGUGUGAGUUUUACAAACAGUAUCUUAGUGUAUCUCAAAAAUGUAAAACUAGAACAGUUAUACUUUCCCACUUAAGUUGUCUGUUUACUAUUCAUAGGUCAAACUUCAACCACAUUCUUUUACCUGUUUUUGCUACCUAUUUGAAGAAAUAAUAUAAUAAUGUCAACUAUUGUUU